AUGGCCCCGGCGAAACACGUCCCUCCCGAGGAGUGGGAAGUCCACCGCGCCGAGAUCAGGCGGCUCUACAUCGAUGAGGACAGGACACUGCAGUAUGUCAUGGGUGUGCUGAGCCAGCAGCGCGGGUUCACGGCCUCACAGAAGCAAUACAAGACCAAGCUCAAGCACUGGCGGCUCUUCAAGAACAACCGCGCCGCCGACGUGGCCGCCAUCCUCAAGACGCAGGCCGGCCGCACCGCCGCCGGCAAGGACUCGAUCCCCGUGCGCAACGGCCGCCGCGUCGACACCCGUACCUACCUGCGCCGCAAGGGCGUCAGUGCCGACGACCUGCUGCUGUUGGCCGGCGCCGGGUCGACGCCGCGGUCCGCCGAUGACGCCGAGGCCGAGGCCGACCUACCGGCGUACCUGAGGUGUCUCACACCGCCGCCUCCAUUUUUUACGUCGACGAGCCCGCUGUCGAGCGGUCUGCUGCGGACUCCCGGGUCCCUCAGUAUCAAAGAGGUUGUGGGCGAGUGGUUCUUAGGCGAGUGCAGAAGGUUUAGCGGCGAGGCGACCAUGCAGAGCGAGUCGUGGGAUGGCUCGUGGCAGAACAGAGACCCUAUGUGUGAGAGGCCGUUACAGGUCUAUUGUGACAGUCACGCGAGCACUGUUGCAGCUGAGUAUUAUGAUGCCAUCUGGCUCCUCAACCAGAACCACACCCGCCAAGGCUGGCAGCUGGCGCACACGGUCUUCGACCGCCUGCGGCUCCUGCUAGACGACGCGGCGCACCUGCUGUACCCGGUGCUCAACCUGCUGAUCAUCAUCGUGGUGCUGCCGGACGACGGCCACGCAGCCCUGCACCGCACGCUCUGGGGCCACCUGGCCGAGCUGGCGCGCAUCCGGCUGGGGCCCGCCCACCCGUGCCGCCGGGCCCUGCGCCAGAUCGCCCGCCUGUUCGAGGAGGAGCACGACGCCGCCCGCCGCAACGGCCUCCUGCUCGCCCUCGUCCUCGACGCCAUGGACAACCUGGCCGACGCCGCCCAGUACUACGACAUGGUCUCGCUGUGGUACGGCGAGACGCUGCGCAGCCACCGGAGCCACCGCCUCAAGGGCAACGGCGGCGGCGGCAGCAGCCCGCCGUCCCUCGCGGCGAUCCACCCCGGGGAGAUGCUCCGGGCGCUCGCAGACCCCGAGGCGGCGCCACCAGUCUUCGAAGAAGACGAAGAAGAAGCAGGGGCAGCGGCAGCACAGGAAGAUGACCUCAGCCUGGCCUACGUCGAGUCGUUCCUGCUGCUCGACCUGGGCUGGGAGAGCGGCUGGCGCGACGCCGAGGUGUACGGGGCGUGCGAGCGGCUGCUGGCCGCCAAGACGGAGCGCGCAACGGCCAUGUCGGAUGCCGCGGCCCCGGCGGCCCCGGACCAGACCGAGGUUAACUGCCUCACGGCCAUGGCGCUGUUCCACCGGGCCCAGUGCGGCGAGCCUCAGCUGCCGCAGCGACAUCCGGACACGGUGAUGUGGGAUGCUGGUGCCGAUGUCAACAUGGGGACAGGAGAGGAUGUGGUGGAGGAGGGACAGAGCACUGCGGAGCGGUGGCGCCAUCACGAGUUCGCGCGCCACCUGAUGCAGGAGGCCGUCGCGCUCGACUGGGCGCUGUCCGGCCCCAGCAUCUACAACUUUGAGGGCCUCCUGCUGCUCCGCGAGUGGUGCACCGAGGCCGAGGACUGGGCCGCGCUCGAGGUUGUUGGGCGGCGGAGUGAAGAGUGUCUCAGGGGCCUGUUUGGGGAAUGGGGCGUCAGCUGUUGA